GCAAAUGACACACCAGGAAGUAAUUGAAUUUUGAGUUCGUUUCCUGGACCGCGUCAUUUGAGUUGACAAAUGCCUCAAGACCGAAACAAGUUACUUUGAAACUGACCCAAACAAUGGAACUCAUAUCUUGUCCAAAACACAGUAAGCCAUGUUCUCUGAAGACCGGCACCAAACCAGGCCCCAACAAAGGCAAGAGCUUCUACCUUUGCAUGGAUAACUCCGACGGACAAUGUGACUUUGUGCAACAAACAUCUCUGCCGCCCAAGUGCUGUCCGAACCACGCGGGGGAGUUUGUGGAGCUGCAGAGGGUGGUGGUGGGGAAACAGUCGGCGGAGAAGAGGUGUUACUACCGGUGUGCAGAUGGGAGAAGCAACAAGACCUGGUGUGGGUGCUUCAACUUCACAACUCAGAGUAACGCAGCCCUGAAGGAUUACAACUAUCAAGACAGAGACAAAUCUGCAGAGAAGGAAGGUGACGGAUCAAGUAAACGUACAGAGACAUCAACCAAUAGCAAGACAUCAACAUCAAACAGCAGCCUAGCAGACACGGACAAGGAAGCCAGUGUACUCAAUUGUCUUGAGAAAAAUAGUGAGAGGACUUCAAGAAAUGAGUCAUCUUCAAAAUCCGAUGAAGGAGCGGAAUCUGGGAGCAGAAAACAUUCAAAAUCAGAUGGAAAGCUUCAAGGUGACGUCAAGCAGAAAGAAGCAGACGUCAAAGAGAAAGGAACAGACGUCAAAGAGAAAGGAACAGACGUCAAAGAGAAAGGAGCAGACGUCAAAGAGAAAGGAGCAGACAUCAAAGAGAAAGGAGCAGACGUCAAAGAGAAAGGAGCAGACGUCAAAGAGAAAGGAGCAGACGUCAAGGAGAAAGGAGCAAAAGUCAAGCAGAAGGAAGAUGAGAACAAGGAAAAACGGGGAGAGAAUCGGGACAAAGUUGAGCCUGAGGUGGUGGUUCUUGACAGCAGUGAUGAUGAUGAUGACUUGCCAAGCUUCCACAGUCUGGCAAAAAGGACGCCUAAAAGUAAGGCGAUGUCAGUUGAGGGCAACUCCAGCUUCACAUCAUACAGAGACCGAGAGGUGGAGGGUUCACAUCAGUCAGGACAGACAAAGUCUACAGGUCCUACAGCUGAAGUUACCAAGGAACAGUCCCCUGUGGACUCUCUUAGUAAUGAAGUCAAGAAAAUGGGUUUGGGACAAGGGGAAGACAACCCUUUCUUAGACCUCACUUUGGAACAAGCCAUCUCUCGGAAGAGAGACUUACUUCAAGCCCUCCAUAAAAACAAGGAAAUCGCUCGUAGAGUGAAACUGUCCAAUCUUCCUGAUGGUGGCGUUAAACUGACGCAGGUGAUAGAGACCCUCAGCACCAGUGUCAGACAGCUGGAUGAGAGGAUCGCUAAAGGAAUCAUUCCGUCGGUGGAUGUAGACAAAGGGCCUCGAGUUGUACCCCCAGUUACCCAGGUUACGACAGUUCCGACUGGACAGGCAAAUGGGCAACAAGUGAUCAAGGUGAUGCCAGAUGGUUCCAAGGUCGUAAUGACGUCUCAAGGGAGUACUGGACCACGUCAGACAUCUCUCCUACAACACGCAGUACAGAUUCCAGCCCACGUGCUGCAGCAGAUGUAUGCAACGAACCCCCAGGCCAUGCAGCUGUACGGGGGCAGGAUGACCGGGGCAAGACUCCGGGAGGUCUCCUCCAUCACAAAGGAGGCUCUGGAGAAACUGCACAAGCAGCUGGAGUCGUGUCCCUCAGAGAGUGAGGAACUGGAGGACCCCCGGGGUCUGACCGUCCCCCUCAUGAUCCACCAGAGACAGGCCCUAGCUUGGUUGUCAUGGCGAGAGAAACAAACACCGUGUGGAGGAAUUCUGGCCGAUGAUAUGGGACUUGGGAAGACGUUGACGAUGAUCUCCUAUAUUGUGAAACAGCGGGAGAUGCUGGAGACUGGCACGGAUGAGGAGAAGUCAGCCUGGCUGAACAGGGACAAGGAACUGGAGAAGUUGGAUGCAUCGGUCGUGCCAUCACGGGCAACUCUUGUGGUGUGUCCAGCGUCCCUCAUCUAUCAAUGGCAGAAGGAGAUUGAGAAGCGAACACGACCAGGACUUCUGAGAGUUGAAGUCUACCAUGGUGCUAACAGGGAGAGAAAUAUACUCAAGCUUGCAAAGAACAACAUUGUCCUGACCACCUACAACAUCGUCAGCAAGGAAGUGGGCGUCGUCAAAGGGGAGAGUGCAGAUGAACCCGUCACAGAUGAUAAAAAGGAUUCAGAGGAAAAGACAGGCCCACAGCCGAUGAUGUUGAGGAUCGGAUGGGAGAGAAUCAUUUUAGACGAGGGUCACAACAUCAAGAAUCACAAGAGUCUGACCGCCAUGUCCGUGUCGAAGCUUCGAGCCAACUUCCGCUGGGCUCUCACUGGAACCCCCAUACAGAACGACCUGCUGGAUAUGUACUCUCUGCUCAGAUUUCUGCGAUGUUCGCCAUUCGAUGAGUACAAGGUGUGGAAGAAGCACGUGGACACGGGGAAAUCCCAAGGGACGACCAAACUGAACACCAUUGUCAGGUCGCUGCUGCUGCGACGCACCAAGAACCAGACUGGGAAAGAAGGGAAACCUUUAGUGAAUCUACCAACGAAGUCAGUAGAAACUUCUGAGGUCCAGCUGACACCGGAGGAGAGAAAGAUAUAUGACAAAGUCUUUGCCCAGACAAAAUCGACUGUGCAGGACUAUGUCAAACGUCACGAGGAGAAGGAGAUGGGGAUACAUCAAGGUACCUCCGAGUCUUCGUCAUCGUCCAACCCCUUCAGGGACAGCAGUUCACAGAGUGGGAGGGGAGGGGCGUGGACCUCCCAUGGGGCAGGGUUUGACAACGUCCCUCAGCCACAAGGAAAGAAGGCUGGAGCGAGCGAGCUGUUGGUCCUCCUCUUGCGACUUCGUCAGUGCUGCUGCCAUCUCAGCCUCAUGAGGGAUCACAUUGAGCAGGAGACGAUGGAGAAUGAGGGCAUUGAGUUGACGUUGGAGGAGCAGAUGAAGGGGAUGAUGUUGGAGGAGAUGUCAGCAGGGGAGGACGGGGCCAAGGCGGGGUCGUCGCCCUUGUUUGAGAAGUCCGCUUCAAGCACGAAGUUGAAAGAAUUAAUGUCGACGCUGCAAACAAUUAGGAAAGAAAGCAAACCAGGAUCUGUUAUAAAGAGUGUGGUUGUGUCCCAGUGGACGAAGAUGCUGGACAUCGUCGCCGUGCACCUGCGGAGGGUCAACAUCACCUACAACGUGAUACAGGGCAGCAUCCCCGCCAAGAAGAGGAUCGACAUGGUGGAAGAUUUCAACACAAACCCAAAAGGGGCAGAGGUGAUGUUGGUGUCGCUGAAGGCCGGCGGUGUUGGCCUCAACCUCAUCGGUGGGAGUCACCUGUUCCUGUUAGAUAACCACUGGAACCCCGCUCUGGAGGAACAGGCUUGCGACAGAAUCUACCGUGUUGGUCAGAAGAGGGAUGUCGUUAUACACAGGUUCCUGUGUAAGGACACGAUAGAGGAGAAGAUCCUGGAGCUGCAGAAGAGGAAGCUCUCUCUAGCCAAGAAUGUUCUUUCAGGAUCUGGUGCUAGCAGCCAGAAGCUGACACUAGCCGAUCUACGACAGAUGUUUAAUGUUUAACCAUACCAUGUAGAUAGUAUAUAGGAACUUGUCAUCCAAUACUGGAAUCUUGCUAAAAGACUCAUUUACUUGCUGUGGGAGAAAGGUACAAAGGCCACUGUUAAGUAGUAGACAGGAUGAGUUGUGUUUGAAAAGAAGGAAUGAGAAGCUCAGAGGUAAAGAACACAUGUCCAGGGUGAAGUCGCUUUUCAUUGUGAACUUGUCUUUGAUUUCUGUUGGGCUAAAAAAAAGAAUAGUCCUGGUUCUCAGGCACCACCCACAUCAUCAUGAAGUCUGCCACACAUUUCGUUUUUAUUUCCAUUUUCAAUAAAAAUAUAAAAUCCUAAUACUAAAAAAAAAUGUUAUCCCAUAUAGCACGCAGUUACCUUUACAUGUGCAAUGCUUUACUGCACAUCUCGUGUUAUGGUCAUGGCGGCAGUAGGAGUUUGUAUGCUUGUUUAUAUAGGGAGGCUCUUUCUCACAAUUGUUUAUUUGGUUACAUACUAGUUUGAACAAGCAAAAAAAACCCAGCCCGCCCACAUUUUCUUUUCUUAUGUCAUUGCCUGAGAACCAAUUCUUUUAUUUUUUUAAGCGUUUCAAAGGCAUACCUUCAUAAAACAUCAGCUACUUUUCUGUGUUUCCUCAAAGGGAUCUUACAGGUACAUCUAUCAUAUGUGGGAGUUACGAUCAUCUGACUGGGAAGAGGCUUUGUGGAACAUGCUCAUGUCCUAUUUGUUUUGAUGGUAUCUUAGGUAGCGUGCGCUACCUUAAUUUGAAUAUAUCUGUGGUAUUUAUUUUUCUGUUGAAUGAUAUUUGCAAGUGCUACCGUUUAGUGCUAUGUCCUGCAGGUCAGUGUGACCCAGCUGUAACAUUGCUGACUGCAGAUCAGUGUGACCCAGCUGUAACAUUGCUGCCUGCAGGUCAGUGUGACCCAGCUGUAACAUUGCUGCCUGCAGGUCAGUGUGACCCAGCUGUAACAUUGCUGCCUGCAGAUCAGUGUGACCCAGCUGUAACAUUGCUGCCUGCAGGUCAGUGUGACCCAGCUGUAACAUUGCUGACUACAGGUCAGUGUGACUCAGCUGUAACAUUGCUGCCUGCAGGUCAGUGUGACCCAGCUGUAACAUUGCUGCCUGCAGGUCAGUGUGGCCCAGCUGUAAUAUUGCUGACUUCAGGUCAUUGUGACCCAGCUGUAACAUUGCUGCCUGCAGGUCAGUGUGGCCCAGCUGUAAUAUUGCUGACUUCAGGUCAUUGUGACCCAGCUGUAACAUUGCUGCCUGCAGGUCAUUGUGAUAUACUUGUUGCCAUGAUACAGCUGUAACAUUCUUGAUACAUUGUUACAUUUACCUCCUCACCCUGGAAAUAUCCAGAAACUGAAGUGCAAGACUUUAUGUUCCAGUCAGCUGGACUUGACUCUACGUCAUUUUAAUGGCAUACUUUUGUUAUCCUAUUUAUUCGCUAUGUAUAGAUAAAUAUUUCAAACAUG